UCCAGAUCGGCAUUCACAGCCGUUAAGCACCUCGUGAGUCUCACACUGACCUCAAACACACACGAGAGAAGAGUUACUGAAGCGUCUGGAUCUCAGUGUGAGUUAUGGAGCUGCUGACCCGCACCGUGAGCUCUGUGGCUUCGAGCUUCAUCGAGGCGUUGCGAUCUUUCACUGAACUGUUUCUCACACAACCUCUGUGUGCCACACUCUCUCAUCUGGGUGAGACCGACCUCAAAACACUUGACGGAGAUGAUCGAGUGUUUAAGGCCAGAGAACUGUGGGAGAGUUCAGGAGCGAUUAUCAUGGCGGUGAGAAGACCUGGAUGAUUCCUGUGCAGAGAGGAGGCGUCUGAACUCUCCUCUCUGAAGCCUCAGUUAGAUGACAGUGGUGUAUCUCUAUACGCUGUGGUCAAAGAGAACAUCGGCACAGAGAUUCAGGACUUCAGACCCUACUUCAACGGAGAGAUAUUCCUCGAUGAGAAGAGAGGUUUCUACGGGCCUCAGGAGCGCUGGAUGGGCGUCUCGGGGAUUCUGCGGUCCGGCGUCUGGACCAACGGCUGGAGGGCGUAUCAGAACGGAUACUGGGGUAACGUGCGGGGCGAGGGCUUCGUCUUGGGUGCGGUUUAUGUCAUCGGACCACGUCAACAGGGAAUCCUGCUGGAGCACCGGGAGAUGGAGUUUGGAGAUAAAGUCAAGAUAUCUGAUGUGAUUCAAGCUGUUAAACAGAUAAAAACUGAACGUGUGUCUCUGAAAUUAAAAUAGUCACAAACUCAAGCUAAGCAUCCAUAUGUAAACACUACAGAAUGAUUCUCCACUAUACACAUGUAGUGUGUGUGUGUGUGUGUGUGUAGUUGAUGACAGACUGACUCUAAAAUCAGAUGAAGGGUUUGUCUCGAUGUUUCAAGCUCUACAAACACACACAGAAACCUGUAUCACCAACAAUAAACACACACUGUAGUCUAUCAAA